UCUGCGUGGUGGUGGGCGCUGAGGUGGAUGGCGAGGUCGCGGGAUUUCUACCAGACGUUUACAAUUUCAAAGCCGUAAGGCCAGUCUAGCACGAGCUGCCGCUCAGGAGACACCCGUAGGGGACUUGCUUGUUUUAAGUGAAUGAACAAGAGAAGAUGCCUGGACACCGUCAGCCUAAGUCUCUCGUAGAUCUUAGUUUGGGGCGCGUGUGCCAACUACUCGACGGGACGUGCCGUCGUCUGCAGGUGCUAUCACAAGAGUCACCAGCAGCCCAGGUUUUAGCCUUUGCCAAACAGACUAUCAGACCCUACUACGUCAAUGCGCUUCCAGCCCAACUGCGCUCUCGAGUCAUCAAUGAGACCUCGAGAAUGUUGGAUGGACCCUCCACGGAUGGAUCCACCCUAAUAUCCGGACCAGCUCCUCUAUAUCUCCACGCACUUCUUCUAGGCCAUGACAUAAAAAAAAUCAAAGUCAAUCUCUGCUGCUACUACGGUUGCAGUCACCAAACCUCACUCCUCAAACUCCUAGCCACUGAAGGAGUUGGACUUGAGUCCCUGGAACUUGCUCGAUCAGCUCUUCUUAGACUCGACUGUAAACUUCUACGCACAGCCCUCAUCAACAUGAAGAACCUCCAGAGCUUGACUCUUCGAAAUAUAGCAAGUGAUGCUGUUCUUCAAGUAGUGGGCAAGGCUUGUCCCAAACUCAUGAUCCUGGACGUCGCCUGUUCUCGACAAGUGACUGACACGGGUCUCAAACAGUUGUUGCUCCAAGUAGAGUUCCGAGACAAGAUUCCAGAAUUUGCUGCGAGGGAAACGACAAGCUGGUCAAAGCUGAAGACUCUCAUAUCAAAAAUAAAAGUCACAGGCUCCAGGAGAGAGAAGAAGGACAAGCAACAUGUUCUUCUUGAAUGCUAUGAUCGUAGGAAUUUCUUGUGUGAUACCCUGAAGGUUCUAAAUGUAGCAAACACUGGAGUCACCAGUGCCGGAGUUCUUCUAGCACUGGAGCAUGUACCAAGGCUGGAAUCACUGGCUGAAUACAACCACAUGGGAAGAAUAGUGGAGAUCAUGAAUCGAGGAGUCAUGGAUUUGAAGACUCCUUUCAACCUGACUCAGGUUAGAAGCUCGAGAACAACUCCAGCUAGAUUGGAACUUCUUGCUCAUGCUUGUCCUUUAAUUGAGAAACUUCAUAUUUCUGAACCUCAUCAUCCUCCAGAGGCUUUAAACCUCUUUCCAUACGUUACUACUCUUAGCGUUCACGGGAUUCCUGCACAGAAGGAGUGGCUAACUGGGUUCUACGAAUACCUUAGAACAAAUGGAAAUAAUUUCAGGAAACUGGACAUCAGAAUUGCUCAGAGUGAAGUUCCAGUGGAUCUGGAUCUGAAGGAGAUCUUCUGGAGUUGUCCCAAUUUGAGAACUUUGACAAAGGAUGGAUGCAACGUGAUUUGGUCUGAUGGAACUGAUCCUCCAGUUUUGAAGAACUUGAGGAAGGUCCAGCUUGGAAGGACUGUGAGUGCAGCUACGAUCAUAAAGAUUCUUUCACUCGCUCCAGAGUUGACUGCUCUUCACAUUCACAGUUGUUUUGAUCUUUCGGAUGAGCACAUUGAGAAGCUGCUGGAAGCUGAUUCGAAACCGAGAGUGGGUAGAAAGUUUGAGAAGUGGGAGAACAGUCUUGUGCAGAAUCUUACUUGUUUUUAUAUUUAUGAGGCUAAUAAAGUCUCGGCUUCAAUGAUUUUGCACAUGUUUAAGAGCUGCAAGAAACUCAUGAGGAUUGGAAAUCUUGCGAAUUGGGGGUUGGACUGUGAGGGCGUAAGAAUGCUGAGGAAUGCACUUGCAAAAGAAAAUCUUGACGUUGAUCUAUGUCCUGGUUCACACUGGUUCUGGAGUAAUUGCAUACAAUAGUAUUGACGUGGAGAUUAAUGUGAGUGUGAAGAUUCGAAAGUUGAUUCGGCGAUUAGUUGUGACGAGGGCUAGUGAUUUGGACUAAAUAGUGAGUUGAUUACCAGUGAUUUCUUGGAUCAAACUUUUGAUUUAACUCGACGAAAGAGGAAAUGGAAAUUGAAAGUUAACGACUUAUAAAAUCAUUUGUAGGCUUGUAAUGAAAAAAUCGUUAUACUACAAAUAAUUGUAACGGAUAUUACGGGAAUCACUCGAAAAUAACAAUCAGUCAAGACUGUGACAAUUUCUUUCUGAGUAGUUAUCAUUUAAUAACAAACAAAAAAGAUAUACAUUUCCAAAAAAUUGUAAAUCCUAACUCUUUCAAUGAAGAAAUCUUUUUUCGUUAACAACGAAGAUAGUUUUUAAAAACAUACUAAAGAAUAAUUAUGAAAAGUACAUUCGAGUAUUUUUCAAACAUUUUUAAUUUGAUAGUAUUACAUUUUUUCUAAAAAAAAAUUUGUAAAUGAAAACAAAGUAAAAAUUUACCAAUUUCGACAAAUUUUAGUUCACUGGUAAUUUCUUGUUUGAAAACUGGGAUGCAACUUUUCGUUCAAUUUGCGCAUACAGUUACAAAAGUAGUGGAGUAAAUCCUCUACGACCAUGACAUAAUUGGCUGCCGUUCGAUUAAACGCUGUCAUUUUUUUAUUUCUCAAUAGACUGCACAUUUAUCAGUAUUAAAAUUAAAUACUACCGAAUACUGAAGUUAGUAAAUUCUCCGACUCGCAAUUUUGCCAUUGCUUCUCUCGAGAAGCAUUUUUUAAUAGUUUUAUUAUGAGAGUUUGAUAGCAGACGUGAUUUUCUUUAUAUGAAACGUAAACGUCGGGAAUCUAAAUAUUAUACUUAGUAACAUACGGAAAUUGUGAUAAAGAAUAGAACAACUGACAAUUUCGGAAAAAAUUGGAAAAUUGUAAUUUGAUAUUGCGUAACCAGAAUUUGGUCGCUGAUUUGAGCAAUUGUAUAAUUUUAAGGUUCUGAUAUUCCUAGCUUGUAAGACGAAGCUAUUAAUACAAAGGGCAUAUUUCAUUUCUAGGAAACUAUAUCGAUUCAUUUACAUUUUAGUUAAUAAAGUUUUCUUACGAUCGAUA